AGAGGAAGCGCAACACGUGGUGGGUGGAGCACCAACAUCGGUUGACAAUCCAAUGAGACGCGAAGGAAGCUUCCCAACUGAGUAACAAACACCCCCACUUCCUUUCCUCAACUUUAGCGUACAUCCAUCUUUCAUAGACCUCUGCAACUUCCUUUUUAGCAGGCACAUACUUGGCUUGUUUCCUGCAUCCUAUUCGGUGAGGUUAACUGACAAUGGGAAAUAUAGUGGGAAAGAGUGAAUCGCCUAAGAAGGGUUGGAUAGUAGAAACAAAGCUUGAAGCCAAAAUGGUCGAAGCUAUGAAGAAGAGGGCAUCUGGAGGAAGUGCCAUCAAAUCAUUCAACAGCAUAAUCUUGAAAUUCCCAAAAAUAGAUGAGAGCUUAAGAAAUUGCAAAGUUAUUUUUGAGCAAUUCGACGAGGAUUCAAAUGGUGCAAUAGAUCAUGCAGAGUUGAAAAAGUGUUUCAAUAAGCUGGAAAUUUCCUUUACAGAGGAGGAGAUCAAUGAUCUCUUUGUGGCGUGUGAUAUUAAUGAGAAUAUGGGUAUGAAGUUCAAUGAGUUCAUUGUACUUCUCUGCCUUGUCUAUCUUCUCAAAGACGACCCCAUUGCCCUUCAUGCUAAAUCACACAUGGGGAUGCCCAAUCUGGAGGCCACAUUUGAAACUUUGGUGGAUGCAUUCGUCUUCUUGGACAAGAACAAGGAUGGUUAUGUGAGCAAGAGUGAGAUGGUCCAUGCCAUAAAUGAAAAUACAUCAGGAGAAUAUAGUUCCGGACAAAUAGCCAUGAAAAGAUUUGAAGAGAUGGACUGGGAUAAAAAUGGAAUGGUGAACUUCAAAGAAUUUCUCUUUGCAUUCACCCGUUGGGUUGGAAUUGGUGACAUUGAGGAUGAAGAAGAAGGUGAAGCAAAUGUCUGAAUUAAGAUAUUUGAGCCUCUCCAGCCAUCUCUGGUUCUGAUGACUGGUACUGCAGCUCCUCAGGCUGUCGAGUUCCUUCAUGUUAUUAACUUUUUCCAAUAAUAGCCAUGUUGAUAUAAACAUGUAUAAUUAUAUCCUGAUUCCUUCCUUGAAUUACAAGCUAUAUGGCCAAGUAUAGAAUCUGCUGCAGGAUGAAUUUGUAAUGGUUUCAAGCAGUCAUGCA